UUUUUAUGAGAUCAAGAACUUGAUAGGAAGAAGGCUAAAAAAAUCUGUCAUUUUUUUCUCUUUCCAGAUAUGAGAAAUGAGUGUUGGACGCAGAAGAUUAAAGCUGCUGGGAAUUCUGAUGAUGGUAAACAUUUUUAUUUAUGUGAUUGUGGAAGUCUCAAAAAGCGGCAGCCAAGAGAAGAAUGCAGAAGGCCGUGUUAUUAUACCACGCAGCAAAUUCUGGAGAAAAUAUACUCCUCACAAAGCUUAUUGGAACAAACAGCAACAGAAGCUUGAACUGCUGUACAACCCUAUUCUGACCUUGCUUUCCAAUAUGACUGUGGAAGAGAACUUAGUUUCUAACUCGAGUGUUCUCAGUUCCUGUGAGCCUGACCCGUGGGUACCUUCAGAGGUUAGUGACUUUGCAAAUUUGCCAGACAGAUUCAAAGACUUUCUACUUUAUUUGAGAUGUAGAAAUUAUUCAUUAUUAAUGGAUCAGCCAAACAAGUGCAAACAUAAACCUUUUCUGCUGCUGGCUAUUAAGUCACUUACACCCCAUUUUGAUAGAAGGCAAGCAAUUAGGGAAUCCUGGGGCAAGGAAAUAAAAUCGGGGGAUGUGACAGUCAAAAGGGUCUUCUUGCUUGGACAGACCCCACCAGAGGAUAAUUUUCCUGAUCUCUCAGACAUGAUAAAAUUUGAGAGUGAAACCCACCAAGACAUUCUCCUCUGGAACUACAGAGACACUUUCUUCAAUUUAACUCUGAAAGAGGUGCUGUUUCUGAAGUGGGUCAGCAGCAGUUGCGCAGAUGUCCAGUUUAUUUUUAAGGGUGAUGAUGAUGUUUUUGUGAAUACCCAUCAGAUCCUGGAUUACUUGAAGAGCUUAUCAAAGGACAAAGCCAAAGACUUAUUUAUAGGCGAUGUGAUCAAAGAUGCUGGACCUCAUAGAGAAAAAAAAUUGAAGUACUACAUCCCAGAAAGUGUUUAUGAAGGUUCAUAUCCUCCAUAUGCAGGAGGUGGUGGGUUUCUGUACUCUGGUGAUCUGGCAUUAAGACUGAAUAAUGCAUCUGACCAGGUACUCCUUUACCCUAUUGAUGAUGUUUAUACUGGAAUGUGCCUUCAGAAGCUUGGGCUUGCUCCGGAAAAACACAAAGGCUUCAAAACAUUUGAUAUCGAAGAGAAAUACAGAAAUAACAUAUGUUCCUACACAAACUUAAUGUUAGUACAUAGUAGAAAACCUCAAGAAAUGAUUAAGAUUUGGACACGCUUGCAAGAUCCACACUUAAAUUGUUAAAGUAAUGUGCAUAAGUGUCUUAAGUCCAUAUAACUUUCCAAGUUUGGGUCUGACUUUCUUGGACCAUUGAAGCUCUGUUUAAUAGUUUAAUUUUCUCUGGGAACUUUUUCCUCUACUUUUGAAAAUGAGAAUAAUACUAAAAUUUGAGGGGAUGGCUUGAAGACUUGGUCCUGACUUUUCCACUGUCCUGGUGGUCAUUAUGUUUCAAUAUUUGUCUUAAAUUAAUUUUAAAAAGGACUUCAAGGAUGUAACUAGCUGUCAGUGACUGGUUAGCUGUAUUGGAAACAGGGAUUGCCUAUUACAAUGCAUCUUUCAUUAAUUGUGAUGGUGAAAGGUAUUUUUUCCUUGAGUAGUGUUUGUGUGUGGGUGUGUGGAAACCACUGUAAAUUGAAAAUUUACAAAUUGGAGGAAUGUAGUUUUACUUUAAGUAUGAAACACUCUUAGAGACUUUAUUGAAUUUUUUUAAUUUGUAGUUUUCAGUCUUUUUGCACCCCAGAACAGUAUUUUCUCCUUUACUUAUGAUCUUUCGUACAAAGUGUGCCUGUGUCUGAAGGAUUUAUCCGUUUAUUAGAUGAUGCUUUUUUUACAAAAAAAGCAUAAUACUGUUUGAAACACCCCAUAAAAGAGCUGAAUAUAUAAGGAAAAGGAAGAACAGAUUUUGUUUGGGGCUGGGCAGUAGAUACAGUUAGGUCUGCCCCCUGCCCCAAGCUUACGUGAGGUAAAGCUGACUUGUUGCUCAUGUUAUUUAUGUGAAAAGCUACUCUGGUCAGUCCUUGUUUUCUCUUUUGGCACUAAAUGUGAUCAGGUAGCUUGAUUUGAUGCAAAUAACUGAAAUUGCACAUUGCUUUCGAGAGCAUGGUUUGGAUCUCCUAUAAAGCAGUAGCAAAUCUAGAAUUGUGCAGAUCCUAAGAGUUUUGAAUUUUGAAACAAACUUUGAAGUUGCAUGAUGUCUCAUGUAGAGUUAUGUUCUCAGAAUUCAGAUUUUUCUUCUGUAUUUCCACAUCUUGCUUAUAAGAGUUAUUCUAAAUAGUGGUUGCUUCCUUUGUAUAUGUAGAAGUGCCUGUCUAUUUAUUGUUCAGAUUGAAGACCAAAACAUUUUCUUAAAUAUAUUUUGUGUAACAUUUUAUUUGUAUAGUGUUGUCACUCAGAUAUUUAAAUAGAGCAUGAUAUUUUAAAUCUGUGAGAUGUGUAACAUGUUAAAUAAAGCUAAUUGUUAUUUUUGAAUUUGAAAAAUAAAAUGUGAUUUAAAUA